AUGCUGAUUCUUUUCUUGGGAAUGUCCGUUACUGAGGCCGGCUUUUCCAAACUAGAUGUGAUAAAGAAGACGAGAGACAAAUCGAAGGAGCUCUCUGAUGUAUCUAACAAACUCGCUGUUGCUGUUGGUUUUUUCGCGAGGGAGUCGCUUCAUAUAAAUGAGUAUGAAGCUGAGUUAGAAAUGUUGUUGCAGGAAAAAUCAUUUCAUCUGGAGCAGCUUAAGCUCGUCGAAAAAGAUAUUGCUGCUGACCAUGUUGCAGUUUGGCUCUCUACAAUCCGUCGUGACGACCUCAGCUGGGCCAAGCAGUUUGCCACGGAGAUUGGAGAUUUGAACAGCAUACCUCUA